UAUGUAUGUAUAUAAUUUAGAGAAGAGAGAGAGAGAAGCAUGAUGUCUAGAGGAGAAAGAACAAGUUAGGAUAUGGUGAGUGGGUGUGUACCACCUAAAUUAAACUAUACUUUCUUCCUCAGCCCCACACUGCACAUGCCUUUGUUUCUCUCUUUCUUCUCCAUUUUCUUCCCAUAAAUACCUCUCCGCCUCCUCCAAUCCUCCCCCACCACCAUCUCUCUCUCUUUCUCUCUCUCUCUCUCUCUCUCUCUGCAACUGAUCCAUCCAUUGAUUGAUAGAAAGAUAGAUAUGGCGUUGAAGAAAACAAACAAGCAUCCUCUGAAGCAGAUACUGAAGAGAUGCUCGAGCUUUGGGAAAGGGAAUGGUCCGGCGGACGUGCCGAAGGGGCAUUUUGCGGUGUACGUCGGAGAGAACAGAAGCAGAUACAUUGUUCCGAUUUCAUGGCUGGCUCACCCCGAGUUUCAGAGCCUGCUGCAAAGGGCCGAGGAGGAAUUCGGCUUUAACCAUGAUAUGGGUAUUACAAUUCCUUGCGAAGAACAAGUCUUUCGCUCUCUAACAUCCCUCAUCAGAACAUGAAAAUCCAAUCCAAUCCAAUCCGAUCCAGUCAAUCAUUCAGAUAGCCGGAGGAACUAGCCGUCUAGCCGUUCUAAUUCUUUCACGCUCGAUCCUUUGAACUUAUAUCAUUUGAUUUGAUGGGUUUUUCUGGCGCGCAAUGGUAAGCGUGGCCAAUUGUUGAGAGCUCUCUACGUAAUCUCAUCAUCAAAAUCAGUGGCAAAUUUUCAUGAGGAGGAGGGGGGAUAUACAAUAGGUCCCCACUUUUGAUCUUCUGUACAUAGAUCCUUGAUUAAUUAAUUAAUUAAUUGUGAUCAUUUGGAUUUUUCUUUCCGUACUGGCUUGGGUUGAAUAUAUGGUCAACAUUAUGAUUAAA